GAAACAGCUGUAUCAUGAUAUUUUAUAGCGGCAGGUAGUUGUUGCCUCGUUUUCGAAUGUAAGCGACGUAUCCCAUAAUUUCUAGGCAAAAUGGCGGAGACUGGUGCCAGCGAUUCCAGCAGCCCAGAGACCGACCGUGAUUUUGACCCAUCUGCUGACAUGUUAGUUCAUGACUAUGAUGAUGAACAUACACUGGAAGAAGAGGAAGCCAUGAGUGGGGAUAGCUGCUCUAAUGAGCUGGAUGAUCUGGAAAGAGAAGGAGAUAUGCCUUUGGAGCAAUUACUAGCGAUGUAUAAGUAUGCAGAUGAGCCACAGGAUACACGUUCAAGUAGUGAAGAAGAAAUCCUGAGCAACCAGGAUCUGACACUGGACAAAGAUGAGAUAGCACGUGAUCUACUCAAAACUAGUGAUGAUGACGAUGACAAAGAAACAUCUGUUAAUGACCUGUUAAACAGUGUACAUGUGUCAUCUUCACAGACUAACAGGCUUCUUAGAUCCAAUAGUCAAGACGGCAGUGAAAAUGAAGAUGAGGAUUCCGAAGAAGACAGUGAUUACCACCAACCUAUAGAAGUCGUUGAUGAUUGGAAAAAGACAAUCCAGGUUGGCUCUGAUUAUCAAGCUAGUGUUCCGGAUGGCCUUUCCAAAUAUGGUGAUGCUCCUGCUUAUGAGAAUGAAGAUAGACUACUAUGGGAUCCUAACAAACUGACAGAUUCUGUUGGUGUUGAUUUCACUGUUGGUUGGCCGAGCACCUGUCAUGUUCGCUCAGUUGAAAAAUACCUGGAUGAAAUUCACACCCAGUCCUUAAUUAAUGCCACAGGUGUAAAUGCAGUGAGCACUGGUAUACAUAUCCGAGAUGAUGAACAGGCUUUAUAUCUUUUACUGCAAUGUGGACAUAAUGUAGAAGAGGCUCUCCGGAGAAGGAAGAUGCAGGCAGUUCCUCCAACAGAUCCAAUGAGUUUAUGGUCAGAAGAAGAAUGUAGAAACUUUGAAAAUGGUCUUAGAACUUAUGGGAAGGAUUUCUACUUGAUCCAGCAGAAUAAGGUGAAAACAAGGUCUGUUGGAGAAUUAGUACAGUUUUAUUACCUUUGGAAAAAGACGGAAAGACAUGACAUGUUUGCCAACAAGAACAGAUUGGAAAAACGCAAAUAUUCCUUGCAUCCUGGUGUCACAGAUUACAUGGAUCGGUUCCUCGAUGAUCAGGAGAGCCCAGUUGCAGCACCUGUAAGGGAGAGAUCAGCAAGUCCUGUCACUUCACUCAUCUAUGGUGAUCCAAAAAGAAACCAACUGAAACCUCCCUCAUCAGAUACAGACACAUCUUCCAAUUAUCAUGCCGGGGAGCCUAAAGACUUUGAUCUCAGUGCUGCUUCACCAACUGUUGUUCGUCCGGAGAUCAAGAGGCAUAGUCCCUCUUCUCCGCGAGGAACAAAUAAUGUAAUUCAUGUGUCAUCUGGCUUGAAUGGCAGCUGUGAUGAUGUGAUAGAACCACUUAGCAAAAAAAUAAAAACAGAUUCAGAACAUUCGCAUUAUGAACUGCAAGAGUCCUAUUCAGACAACAACCAUAUAGAUUCUGUGUCUCUAGCAUCUGUAGCCUCAGGACUCACCCAAUCAGAACACACUUUAACAUCUGUUGGUGCUUUAAAUGCAGACCUUCAUCCAGUAAAGCAUGCGUCAGCAGAGUCAGUGGUACUGUGAUGUACAGUUAUCUAGGCUUUACAUAUAUCAAAUUUCACUUAGAAAGGAAAACUUUUAAUAUUACAUCCAAGAUCCAGUUCUGUUGGUUUUGAAUUACAAUGGCUGUAUAUUUGAUUAAACAAAUACUGUUCAACAAUUUUGCUCCUUUCCUUUUGUAAAAGUUUAAGGAUUAAGUUUGGGGAGGGCAUAUUUGUAAACAACUUCAAACUUGACUAUUUUAAAAUUGGUCUAUCUGCAAAAAUGAAGGGGGUGGCGGUGGCUUAUUUACAGAUUAAACAUGGUAUGUGAAAUUAACAGAUUUCUGAAGACUUGUUAAUGCUUUAAGAAGGAAUUUAGUUUACUUGGAUUAUGUGUUUUUCUGCUAAUUGUCUUCAAGCAGAAUAGAAGUGGGUCUUGGAUAUUUUCAUCAAAAACAAAAGAAGAACAUGGAAAAAUCAUUCCAUUCAGGGAAAUUAUUUAUAUUAUACAACCCAGGAGAAAAAGUGACAGAGACCAGCUUCGUCUUGACAUCACUUACAAUGUGCAAUAUAUCAGAGAUGAUCUUUGGACAAAGUCUGACUGCUCUGCUUUUUCUUUUUAAAGUGUUCCAGGAUCAACAAAUGGCCAGUGGGUCUGUCUAAGGCAUACUGUCCGUGGUGCAAGUAUGUUUUGACAUCAAGCCCAUCCCAGCAGUAUCCUUUAUCUUCUGCUUGAUCAUGUGAAAACAACUGUUGAUGGCAUCAAAUUUGUUAAUUUUAACCUUCCAAACAUUUUCCAACAUUUUAAUUGUCACAGCCUAAUAUACAAUAUAAAAUCCUAAAUUAAUAAGAAUGUGCAUUGUGGGAACAACUAUGUAGUUUCAUAGACAGGUAUUAGUGGAAUGGCAGUUCAUGUUUAUUUACUAAGUAUUCCUGGGGAAAGGAAAAGAUUUCAAUAUUUUAUGGAAAAUUUCAGGAGAGAAAUCAAAACAUUGCUUUAUCACCAGCUUUAAAAACCAGUAUACAUGAGUUGUAUGGGUACAAUGGACAAGGAUAUCAGUGGAAGGUACAAUGAGGAUUAAUUUUGUUAUCACUAUUAGUGUUUCGAGGAAAUAUUCUUCUCGUUUCAUUCAGUUAGUUAGAUCUAAUCUAAUGAGUUUUAUGCAAAGAAUAUUGUUUGUUGAAGAGAUUGUAAAUAGAAUUGUUAAUAUUCCUUACAUACAUUUCUCUACCACUAUGGCCUACUUCACACAGAGUAAAUAUACCGAGUGUUUUAAUACAAUCGCUUGUUGAUGUGUCGAAAAUAUUUUAUUUGUAUAAAGUUUUUUUUAUUAAUUUCUGAAUAUAUUAUAUUUAUUAAGUAUACAUGUAAAUGUAGAGAAUUCGGUCUCCCUAUGAAUGAUAUCAAAAUUAAUUAUAUGGGAAAAGUUGGAUAAACUUUUUUCAGGGAUCCAUCAUCCCUCAAAUUUUUUAAUGACAUGAUAUUGGCAAGAUCUGUGAAUUGCUAUUGAAUCACGAUGUGAUACGCUAAUCAUUCUACACCAUGAACUUGUAGAUAAGGCUACAAUUGGCAAUGAAAUGUAGACUUUGUCAGGUUUUUUUCUUAAAACUGAAGACUUGGAACUGAUUUAUAUAAUGGGUAGGUCAAAGCGUUUAUGUCACAUUGCCAAAUAUAAGAUAACAUGAUUAUGAAACUUUAGAAAGUCUGUGUAUAUAUGUAUUUUUGUCAAAACUUGCUGCACUUUGGCAUUGAUUUAUGCGUGACAGAUGGAUACAAGUCCUAUAAUACAACUGCUUUAUUUGUGCUUAUAUGUUUCAAAUCAUAUGACAUAUUUUAUUAACAAUCUUUGUUGAUCAUCCAAUCCAAGUCCAGACAUCCUGGAAUUUUACUGAAUUUAACAUACUGGUAAAAUAUUUUGAACAUAUGCAAGUUUCACCUUGACAAUGUAAAAAUUGUAUUUUCAUAUGCAGCAUGUUCUCUCCCUGUAUGCUAGAGUAGUUAAUAUAUCAAUUCCAUCCAUUUACAGAAAUAUCAGAAAACGUGAGAAAAAAAAAAGUUUUUGAAGUAUACCUUAUCUGACAAUAUUGAUAGGUCGGGGGCCAAAUAUCAGUUAUACCAGUCUAUUUUUAUCAAAGAUCUUAUCUGAUUUCCUUCAAUUCGAAAUGGGAUAUUUUUAACUGAAAAUUCAGACGUUUCACGCAAUUGGCCUUCCAUCUGGUGGGCGCUUAUAGAAAUAAGGUAUUGAUACUGAUGCUUGAGUUUAACUAUUGCAAUUUGUCACUAUCUCAGUGUGGAAGUACUAACAAAUGGUCUUGUACAGUGACACUUGGGUAUCAUAGUUUUAUGGGGGGUUUUUCUCUAGUAAACUCGAAGUUGAAAUGUUCCUUUGCCUAUACAUAUACAUUUGUGUCGUGAUGUGUUUGGUAUACAUGGAGAGCCAAUGAGGGCGAUCAAGAGACAUGCUCACCUGGGCAGCAUUGUAAAGUAUCUAGUGCUCCACAUCAGUCGUGAUUGUUUAUAAAUCUAUGUCAUAGUGUGUCUUCAGUCCUCUCUUUGUCACAUAAGUAAGAUAAGGAGUUUUCUUAACUCAACAUUCAGUAACAAGACGGUAAAGGGGAAGGCAUCGCUGUUUUAUAAAGUCUGUCCCAAAAAUCAUGUCAGUAAUUCACAUUAUUUUGUAUCUCAGAGUGCCACAAAUGUAUUAAAUAAAACAUUAAUCUUUCUGGAAAUUAUGUUGGUAGAUUGAUACUUGAUACUGUAAACCUCAAACACAUUAUAAUGUACACAGAUAUUCUUUGAAAUAUAUAGACGUCCUUUAUAUUUCUUGCAGUGCAAGCUGUACUCUGCUGUAUAAUGAUGAUUUGAAGUUAGUUUAUGCUUUGUUAAGUGUCGGAUCUCGAGAUUUUCUUAAAUUGAGGAUUAGAAAGAGACAAAUGUUCAAAUUCUGGACACUUCAAUAAGUCAUAAUGGGAGGGUGAAUUUACAUUUUAACACAUUUUCAGCAUCAUGUACUGCUACAAAAUUAUUCAUAUGUUGUGUUGGCAUCUCUGAAAUUUGCAAUAUUUAUUACAGAGUGAUGUUAAAAAAUGUUAUUGUCUUUAUUUUUGUACAAACUGUACAUAACUGCCCGGUUUUGCUGUACUAUUGUAUCAUUACUACCCAUUUCAUUAAUGGUUAAUCAUACUACAUCAUUGUAUUCUCCAUCACAAUCACCCUCCUACCCAUAGUGUUGUAGAUAUUGUCAGAAGUAUACAUGUUAACAUAUGGUUUGUACUAUUUAUUAUGUACAUAGACAUAGAUAGACUCUAUGCCACACAGAAAAUAAAACAUUUUUACAGAAAGAUA